UUGCAGCCAGUGCAGUGCCACCCAUUUUAUUAAAACAAGACCAAAUAUUGAACAACUCUAGUGAAAAAACAUACCAAGCUGUGAUGAAGAAUUAGCUCAGGAGGAAUAUACCAAGCAAUAACAUCAUGAGCAAGACGCACUAAGGCAGAGGUGGAGGGGAAGGCGGAGAAAACUUGGACCACUACCCUGGGUGUAUCAUGUGCAGCCUCCAGAAAUAUAACAUAAACAGUGGCGCAGAGGGCAAUCGGUCUUAGAAACGCAAACCUCUGCUGACGAAGUACUAUUGGAGGAGCAGUCACACACAGGAGGGGUUAACCUCAAGGGGCAAGACUCUAAGCUGUGACUUUGGAGAACAAUAGGGAAGGAUCAGGAAAGGCUUCCUUCUCAACUUCAUCACUUCAGAUCCAUCAUGGCGGCAGCCAGCGUGUCCAUGCCUGGUGCACCGGGUCUCUCCCUCGGCUUUGAUGACUACAGUCUCUACAGCAACCUGUCAGACGAUGACCUGAUGCAGCUGGCUAUCGAACGCAGCCUCAGCGAUGCCCACACUGCAGGUUCAACGCUUGAGUUGAACAUAACGCCCAUGGUUCAGAACAGGACCAAUCCACCUGCAAGGCCGCUGAAUCCUGCCCUCCAGCCCAAUCCCCCUAUGGCCCCUCAACUUUGCAGUCAUAACCCCCCUGCCAAUGUACUUAAUUCCAGGAAUGCUUUAGACGGCGAUGUGAGUCACUUUAUCACGGGCAACGGAAAGCGCAUGGUUGGAUAUCGCCGAUACGAUGGGACCCUUCAGGUCGCACCUGAACCAGAGGAAGAAUUGCAACCCAUUAUCAAAGCAAUAUAUGAUGGAGAUGCGGCUGCUGUUCGAGAAAUCGUUAAACAACCCGGCAACAGUUGGCUGGUGGCUAGCAAGCACGGGUGGCUACCAUUACACGAGGCUGCAUAUUUUGGUCAAACCCAAUGCCUCAGGAUACUUCUGGUAGCACAACCCGGUAUGCUAAACAAACGCACCCUGAAAGAUCAGACCGCCCUCAUAUUGGCGGUUGGCAGAGAUCAUGUGGAUUGUGUUGAGGCACUGCUGGAGAGAGGGGCCGACACAGAAGUGAUGAACCAAAACCGGGAGACAGCAUUGUACAAAGCUUGUGAGAGGGAGAAUGCUGCGAUUGUGGCUACGCUUUUGAACCAUGGUGCCACGGUGAACAAGCAGUGUAUCCAGGGCUGGACAGCCCUCCAUGAGGCCGUGAGUCACCACAGUGUGGAGAUCUGUGAGAUGCUGGUGAAGGCUGGAGCCAAGUUAAGUGCAACCAACAUCUACGGCAUCUCUCCCGUCUUCACUGCUGCCCAGAGUGGACGAGUUGAAACACUGGGCUUUCUCCUCAAAAAUGGUGCGGAUGUGAACAGCCAGGCUGCCGAUGGGGCCACGGCUCUGUACGAAGCAGCGAAGAACAGCCACGAGGACGUGGUGGAGCUCCUUAUUUCACGGGGCGCCGAUGCCAACAGACCUGGAAAAACAGGACUGCUGCCUCUUCACAUUGCUGCACAGCGGGGGACUGAUGGAAAAAGUAUCCUGACCUAUGACUGCCUCAAUUAUGACAAGUCCUUUAACAUCGUAUCCAUGCUGAUCCCUUCAACCAGCAAAGCCAGAGUUCGCCGCACAGGCAUUAGUCCCCUUCAUCUGGCCGCCGAACGCAACAGGGACGAAACCCUGGAAGCUCUGAUCGAAGCCGGCUUUGACGUCAACGCCGAACUGUCUCUCGAGCGCUCCAAGAUGUUUGAGGACCGACGCACUACGGUGCUCUACUUCGCUGUUAUCAACAACAACAUCGAAGCUGCCACCAUGUUGCUGGAAGCUGGGGCGAAUCCCAACCUCGACACGUUCAACCCGCUGCUGGUGGCCGUCAGGCAGGGCUGCAUCAGGACGGUCACCUUGCUGGUGGAUUACGGAGCCAACGUGAACGCUUACAUCCCCACCAUCCCCACCUCCUUCCCAGCAGCCAUCAUGUUCUGCAUGAAGUACCUGUCCAUGCUUAAGUACCUGAUGGACAACGGCUGUGACGCCCUCUCCUGUUUCGACUGCGUCUAUGGCAACGAUCAACACCCGCCGAUCAAAACCUUGCGCUCUGAGAGAGAUGAUUUGCGCCAUAGGACAGGCACUUCUGCCCCAAUAACCUGUCUUCAGUUCUGUGAGAUGAUCUCCACUCCAGCGGUAUGUCGGUGGGCUGGACCCAUCAUCGACGUGCUCCUGGACUAUGUGGGUCACGUCAAGCUUUGUUCAAGACUUCUUGAGCACCUCGAUAGCUAUCCUGACUGGCAAGUCAUUAAAGAGAAAGCAGUGCCUCCCCGUUCGCUAAUGCAACUCUGCAGGGUCUCUAUCCGUCAGCAACUUGGAGUCAACAGACUGAAGCUUAUCCAUACACUUCCUCUCCCUGGAAGACUAGUAAAGUACAUGAAUCACGAGGAGCGCACACAAGACUUUGCACUGGAGUAGUUCAAAGUAGUUAGUAGGUAUUAGUAGUUAACCACCAUAACAGGAAUGACACUCAAAACAGUUAACAGGAUGAAUAUUUAAUUGAAUUUGUGAAUGAAAUGUGUGCCACAGCAAUGGGAUUGUGGUUGUUUGUUCGAGUCAAGUGCUUUUAUAGAUCUUGAAACAGUGGAGAUAAAGUGACAAAGUAGUAGUAGCUUUAGUGUAUUGGUGAGUAGUCCACAAUAUCGAAGACCUGCCUGCUGUGUAAAUAUACAGGUAAAUGGUUUCUUUUUUUCUUUUUUUGCAAGGCCUUGCCUGAAUGCUUUGCAAGGCCUUGUACAAAUAUUUGAGUGGUUAAACUCAGUCCUUACCAUGAAAAUCACUCUCCAUCACUAUUGAAGGCAUCUUAUGGUUUGUAGGUCUGUCUAAGCAAGGAUGUUUAAUAUGAAAUGAAAGCAAAGUAUUAUAGUUCUGUUAGGGCAUUUUGAAUGCGUUUUGAUGCAACUAAAUAUGUACAUAAAAUAUGUUUUUAAAAUAUGUUCUAAGAUUACAGUCUGGGUUCUGGACUGUUUUUUUAAGAAUGUGUGAACAAUUCAGAAUGCUCUGGUAGGCCUAUCAAAUACAGGUUUACAGAAUCGCACUGGUACAGUUUAAGUAGGCUAAACACCUUGUACUGUGCACCUUAUACUGAGGUGAAGUAAAAGUGUUUUGUGUGAUGUGAGAAGAUGUCAUGGGAGACGAAGAUGUCAUGUUUUCAGUUGUUGGUUUGUGAAAAAUAUACCACUUUUAAUGUCCACAUUUUUGGACAACCUGUUAUAUUUUACUUUAAAAUCACACUGACUGACCACAGUGUGUGUUGAAACCGUUA